ACCUGGUAAAAACAUCGAUUCCCCAUCUCCCCCGGUUCUCUCGCCAUCAUCGGAUCCCUUUCUCCGCCAUUCACUCUCUGCUCACCGCCGCCACUUUCCUCCUCCGAUCGAAUUUUCCUCUUAAUACUCCGAUGUUUAACGGAAGCGCCGGAGGUGGAGCUGAGGAUUUGCCUCAGCUUCAAUCCACCAUGCGCGCGAUUGAACUUGCUUGCUCUUACAUUCAGAUAAAUACUAAUCCAGCGGCUGCUGAAGCUACCAUAUUGUCGCUUCACCAGUCUCCUCAGCCAUACAAGGCGUGCAGAUUCAUUCUUGAAAAUUCUCAGGUGGCGUCUGCUAGGUUUCAAGCUGCUGCAGCUAUUAAAGAAGCAGCUAUCAGGGAAUGGAGUUUUCUAUCCACCGAGGAUAAAGGGGGUUUGAUUAGCUUCUGUCUUGGCUACGUCAUACAGCAUGCUAAUUCAUCAGAUGCCUAUGUGUUUUCAAAAGUAUCUUCUGUGGCUGCGCAGCUGAUGAAAAGAGGCUGGCUUGAGUUUACUCCAGCCGAGAAAGAAGUCUUUUUCUACCAGAUUAACCAGGCCAUUCUUGGUUCACGAGGCUUAGAUGUGCAGUUCAUCGGUAUUCAUUUUCUCGAAUCCUUGGUAUCUGAAUUCUCACCCUCUACUUCAAGUGCCAUGAGUCUCCCGAGGGAAUUUCAUGAAAAUUGCCGCAAGUCGCUGGAACAAAACUAUUUGAAGACUUUCUAUAGCUGGGCACAGGAUGCUGCUUUAAGUGUUACAAAUAAGAUUGUGGAAUCAAAUUCUGAUGUCCCUGAGGUUAAAGUUUGCAAUGCUGCGUUGCGGCUAAUGCAUCAGAUACUAAAUUGGGAGUUUCGUUACAGCAAAGGUGGCACAAAGGGCAGCAUUAAUGUAUUCUCUGAUGGAAUGAGAUCUGAUACUGCAUCAUCACGGAAGACAGAGUGUGUAAUAGUUCAGCCUGGUGCUUCGUGGUGUGAUGUUUUGCUUUCAAGUUCACAUGUUGGAUGGCUGAUAAAUCUAUAUUCGUCGCUGAGGCAGAAGUUUGCUUUUGAAGGCUAUUGGCUAGAUUGUCCUGUUGCAGUCUCUGCUCGGAAACUUAUUGUACAAUUGUGCUCCUUAGCAGGAGAAGUAUUUCCUUCCAACAAUGCACAGAUGCGAGAGCAGCAUCUACUCCUCCUUCUGUCAGGGGUGUUACCCUGGAUUGAUCCUCCUGAUGUCAUUUCAAAGGAGAUUGAAGAAGGAAGGAGUGGAAGUGAGAUGAUUGAUGGUUGUCGCGCAUUGUUGUCUAUCGCGACCGUUACUACUGCUGUUGACUUUGACCGACUCUUGCGAUCAAUAAGGCCCUUUGGUACUCUUACACUAUUAUCUCUGUUAAUGGGUGAAGUUGUGAAAGUAUUAUUGGCGAAUAGUAAUGAUAAAGAGACUUGGAGCUAUGAGGCGCGCGACAUCUUGCUAGAUACCUGGACAACUCUCCUUGCUUCAAUGGAUGGUUCUGGAGGUAAUGCGUGGUUGCCACCUGAAGGGAUGCAUGCUGCAGCUAGUCUCUUUUCACUGAUUGCGGAAUCUGAACUAAAAUUGGCAUCUGCGUCAGCUACAACUGAUGAAGAUGAUGCUGACUGUCUGGCUUCUGUAUCUGCCAUGGAUGAAAGACUAGGCUCUUAUGCUCUCAUUGCGAGGGCAGCAGUGGAUGCUACAGUUCCGUUUUUAACAAAACUUUUCUCUGAUCGUGUUGCACGCCUCCAUCAGGGCAGGGGCACUGUUGAUCCGACCGAAACUUUGGAAGAGGUCUAUUCUUUACUGCUGAUAAUCGGUCAUGUACUUGCAGAUGAAGGAGAAGGGGAGACGGCCCUGGUUCCUGAUGCCUUGCAAACUCAUUUUGUGGAUGUUGUAGAGGCAGGCAACCACCCUGUUGUGUUACUCUCAAGCUCAAUUGUAAAAUUCGCCGAGCAAUGUUUGGAUGCAAAUAUGAGAUCAUCGAUCUUCAGUCCUCGGCUAAUGGAGGCAGUCAUAUGGUUCCUUGCAAGAUGGUCUUUCACAUAUCUUAUGCUCGUUGAAGAUUGCAAUUUGGGUAGCAACCAGCUUCAGUCUCUACCUUCCAGAGCAUGUUUAUUCACGUUUUUCAAUGAACAUAAUCAAGGGAAGUUUGUCCUUGAUAUAAUUGUCCGGAUCUCCUUGACAUCGCUCAUGUCUUACCCUGGUGAAAAGGAUUUGCAGGAGUUAACAUGUCAUCAGUUACUGCAUGCGCUUGUUCGACGAAGAAAUAUAUGUUUUCACCUUCUAUCACUGGACUCCUGGCGCAACCUAGCAAAUGCUUUUGCUAAUGACAAAAGUUUGUUCUUGCUAAAUGGUGUUAGUCAGCGUUCAUUAGCUCAAACGCUUGUUCUUUCUGCUUAUGGAAUGCGAAGUUCAGAUGCAUCAAAUCAAUAUGUGAAGGACCUCAUGGCUCAUAUGACAUCAUCUUUAGUGGAUUUGGCCAAUAACAGUGACCUUAAAAAUUUGGCUCAGCAACCUGAUAUCAUUAUGCUGGUGAGUUGCGUGUUAGAACGGCUUCGUGGAGCAGCAAGUGCCACUGAACCCCGGACACAGAGAGCAAUAUAUGAGAUGGGCUUGUCUGUUAUGAAUCCUGUGCUCCGUCUUCUCGAGGUUUACAAACACGAGUCUGCAGUAAUUUAUCUACUGCUUAAAUUUGUGGUGGACUGGGUGGAUGGGCAAAUAUCCUACCUAGAGGCUCAUGAAACAGCUGGGGUUGUUAAUUUCUGCAUGAGUCUUCUACAAAUAUAUUCGUCACACAAUAUUGGGAAGAUAUCAUUGUCCCUCUCGAGUACCUUGCUUAAUGAAGCUAAAACCGAAAAGUACAAGGAUUUACGCGCUCUGCUUCAGCUACUAUCUCAUCUAUGCUCAAAAGAUAUGGUUGAUUUUUCAUCUGACAGUAUCGAGACACAAAGCACAAACAUAUCCCAGGUAAAAAAAGCAAAGUUAAUUAAGAUUAAACUCUACAAGAAUGGUAUGUGUAAUUCUUUGACUUUACAGGUGGUGUUCUUUGGCCUCCAUAUAAUCACGCCACUUAUAACUUUGGAACUCCUCAAAUACCCCAAGCUUUGUUUCGACUAUUUCUCGCUCAUAUCACAUAUGCUCGAGGUUUACCCGGAGACGCUCGCACAACUCAACAGUGAUGCAUUUAACCAUGUGCUUACAACAGUUGACUUUGGUCUUCAUCAGCAGGAUGUAGAUAUAGUCACGAUGUGCCUGAGAGCUCUAAAGGCUCUUGCGUCAUAUCACUACAAAGAGACAAAAGCUGGCAACACGGGUUUGGGGUCACACGCGGCUGGACAAACAGAUCCUAAUGGAGUAUUCCACGAAGGAAUCCUGAGCCGAUUCCUUCGGAAACUACUUCAGUUUCUUCUUUUUGAAGAUUACAGUACCGACCUAGUCAGUACAGCAGCAGAUGCCUUGUUCCCUCUUAUCCUCUGCGAACCGAACCUUUACCAGGGACUGGGCAACGAACUGAUUGAGAAGCAGGGGAAUCCCAACUUCAAAACGAGGCUAGCGAACGCUCUUCAGGUACUCACGACAUCGAACCAGCUAUCGUCAUCCUUGGACCGUCUCAACUACCAAAGAUUCAGAAAGAACCUCAACAACUUCCUCAUCGAAGUUCGUGGGUUUCUCAAGACAAAAUGAGCAAGUUUCAGAGCUAAGGAGGUCAAAUACAAAAUUGAAUAUUUUAGUUUUUAGUUUUGUUUCCUUUCAAUAAUACUAUGAAUUAAUGUGAUAUGAAUUAAUAUGAUCAUUUAUCAAAAUUUUCUAAAAGUGCGACUAUUUUCUUUUAAUUGGUUA